AUGCCAUCAGAUGAGAAACGAGGCGCAACAUCAACCGCGAUUCCAUUAUCGCCGUCACCGGCAUAUACAGAGACUCCUCGUUACAGAAAUACUGCACCUAAAGAAUAUUCAAGACUAAAUCCAAAGAGAUGGAGAUGGAGGGCAUGGCUCAGCAUCGCUGCCAUAACAAUCAUCAUCAUCAUUGCAGCUGUCGUAGGAGGAGUCUUAGGCAUACGAGCGAACGCAUAUCCCAACUAUUCAAAACUCAAUUACAAGCUACAAGACACAUAUUCCGGAAACGACUUCUUCUCCAACUUCGAUUACUUUACGGGCUAUGACCCCGCCCACGGCUUCGUCCACUACGUCGACGGCCCCGGCUCAACCGCCACAAACCUCACCCAGGUCGCCAGCAACGGCUCCGCAAUCCUCCGCGUCGACACCUCCGAUACAAACGCCACCACUGGCCGCCGCUCCGUCCGCAUAACCUCAAAGAAACAAUACACGUCCGGCCUCUUCAUCUUCGACAUCCUACACUCGCCCUAUGGCUGCGCAACCUGGCCCGCGCUCUGGCUCACUGAUCCCGCAAACUGGCCCGCCAACGGCGAAAUCGACGUCAUGGAAGCCGUAAACGAGGGGACAAGUGGUAAUCAAAUCACCCUGCACACCCGCAACGGCUGCUCGAUCGGGAAACACAGGAAGCGAAAGCAGACGGGCAAAGCGCUAAGCUACAACUGCUACAAUGGCACCAACUCUAACGAAGGCUGCGGCGUACAAGGCCCAACCUCGUCCUUCGGCGCCGCCUUCAAUGCCCUCGGUGGUGGCAUCUACGCAAUGGAAUUGCGAUCUGCCGGGAUUCGCGUCUGGAUGUUUGCCCGCAAUGCCAUUCCCACCGACAUCACCAAUAAAUCUCCAGAUCCGUCGACCUGGGGCACCGCCAUGGCGGAUUUCCCAAAUCUGGAGUGUGAUAUUUCAAGCCAUUUCAAGAACCAGAGUAUUAUUGCUAACAUCGAUUUGUGUGGCGACUGGGCGGGUAGGGCGGAGGUAUUUGAUCAGGGCAGUUGUAGUGGUUUGUGCACGGACUGGGUCGCGGAGAAGGCGGAGAGCUUCAGGGAGGCGUAUUGGGAGUUUGGCGGGUUUUGGGUUUAUGGAGCGGAGUGA